ACCGGAAACGGCAGCGGAACCGGUACACGCAUGUUUUUCUUGCGGGUUGUGAAGGUUAAAGCUGAAGCCGUGGUGUGUGUCCGGAGCAGAGGGUGAACCAGGCCGGUGUGUGUGUGCGGUGGGAGCCGGGUGACAGCAGACAUGGACCCCAUGAAGGCGCAGCAGCUGGCGGCGGAGCUGGAGGUGGAGAUGAUGGCGGACAUGUACAACCGGAUGACCAACGCCUGCCACAGGAAGUGCGUACCGCCGCAUUACAAGGAGGCGGAGCUUACGAAGGGCGAGUCGGUGUGUCUGGACCGCUGCGUGGCCAAAUACCUGGACCUGCACGAGAGACUGGGACGCAAGCUGACCGAGCUGUCGGUCCAGGACGAGGAAGUGAUGAGGAAGGCGGCCGUCGGGAGCGGAUAGACGGACGGACGCUGAGUCACAGAAAAGGGGCGGGGCACUUGUGUUUAAUGAGGGUGGGGUGGGCGGGGCAAUAACAUGUAAUGAACACUGAGGGGGAGGGGCCACUGGAACCUGCCUCGUCCACUGGGUCAGAGGAUGAGACAAAGCAUAGAUCUGGAGUCCAGGAUGAGGGAUCUGGUCCUGGUCCCGGUCCCGGUCCCGGUCCCGGUCCUGGUCCACACUAACCCUUCCAGAUGAAGGCGGUUCUUCUUUGUGUUUGUUUUUCGCUCCUCAGAUCCAGAUGAAGCUUCGGAUCCUUCAGCCGGUUCCAGCGCUGGCCUCGGGUUCCCACCGGGUUCUGAAAGCAUGCAUCCUUUCAAACGGGGGGGGGGGGUUCUUCUUAAUUCAGUGAAGAUGAGGGUGGUCUGGGGUUGGAACGUGGCGUGGGUCUGUUUCCAGUCGUGUCUGUUCUGGAUCACAUGAGUCCAGGACGGUGGAUCAUGGACAUGUGGUUUUAGUCCUGGUCAGACCUGGUCCUGUUUGGGUGGUUAUGGUCACAUGUACUGCCCCCCCCCUCUCCUCAUUGGUCAGGUUGUGCUGUCAGUGGACCAUGUUUUGGACUGUUUAGUUUGUUCUCCUGUAUGAACCACAGCCAUGCAGGAGUUUUUUCUGUUUUGUUUGUGGUUUGUUUUUUAAAUCUGUAUUUUGGUGAAGUUGUGUUUGAAUGUUAUCAAGUACCUGAAUAAAACAAUGUCAGUCUGUAUC